AUGAUGUCGAAGGCCUGGCUCCAGUAUGCGAACAGGGACGACCCUCUGGGUAAACAAGCGACUGAGCUGUUCAUGAAGUAUCGCAUCUGUAGCGAUCACUUCUUAGCACGAGACUUCAUGGAUCCUGCAAAAACAAGGCUGACAAGAACUGCAGUGCCUUCUGUUCACCCCGAGGCUCGCCGGGAAACUGGCACAGUUCAAGGCCAUAAGGAGGCGACCACUUCUGGCGGCACACCCUCCACCAGCUGCCCCUUGGCGUCUUCAAUGGGUGCCCAUAACCACAUGAAGGCGACCACUCCUAGCAACACGCCCUCCACCAGCUGCUCCUUGGCUUCUCCAAUGGGCGCCCACGACCACAUGGAGGCGACCACUCCUGGCAGCACACCCUCCACCAGCUGCCCCUUGGCUUCUUCAAUGGUUGCCCAUGACCACAUGGAGGCGACCACUCCUGGCAGCACACCUUCCACCAGCUGCCCCUUGGCUUCUUCAAUGGGCGCCCACGGUAAGAGAGACCGUCAUUUGGAAACAAGUAUCUAA